GAGUUUAACCAUUUUGGCCCUUGAGAGGCUUUAGACAGCUCUGGCUGUAGCAGAAUCAUUUCCCCAGGCUGUCAGGUACCUUGAACAAAAGGGCUGAGGCUGAAUUGCUAGUGAAGGUGCAGCCCUAUUUUGAGAAUGUAAAUGAGCUGGCAAAACACCUGCCAAGUCAAGUGUCUUAUCCCAAUGUAAUGGGUGACUAAAUACACAUUCCUAGGCUGGAGAUUUAAAUAAUCCUUCAGAGCACGGCUGAGAGUGCCAGAGGCUUUGGCAGACAGAGGGAAACCUACCAAAGAGAAUGACCAAGCUGCAGAGACUGCUUCAGAGCAAGAUCCUGAUCCUGACAAUAUGUGCUGCUGGGAUUGGAGGCACUUUCCAGUAUGGUUACAACAUCUCCAUCAUCAAUGCUCCAACUUCAUACAUCCAGACAUUCAUGAAUGAAACCUGGCUGGAGCGCACAGGCGUUCCCCUGGAGAGCAACAUGAUCCUGCUGCUGUGGUCUUUCACUGUUUCUGCAUACCCUCUGGGAGGACUCACCGGGGCUGUUGUUGCUGGUCCCAUGGCCAUCAUGCUGGGAAGGAAGAUGUCCCUGCUGCUGAACAAUGUCUUUGUGAUCGUAGCUGCAAUCUUGUCUGGAUUCAGCCGGAUGGCAAAGUCCUUUGAAAUGGUUAUGCUGAGCAGGUUUUUUACUGGUGUGAAUGCAGGUGUCAGCAUGAACGUUCAGCCCAUGUAUCUGGCAGAAAGUGCCCCAAAGAAGCUCAGAGGAGCUGUGGCCUUGACAUCUGCAUCGUUUACAGCCCUGGGCUUGGUGCUGGGGCAGGUUGUUGGACUCAGGGAGCUCCUAGGAGGAGAGGAGAGCUGGCCAUUCCUUUUAGCUAGCAAUGUGGUGCCUGCCCUGAUCCAGCUCACAGCUCUGCCUUGGCUCCCUGAAAGUCCCAGAUAUCUCUUGAUUGACCGUGGAGAUGAGGAAUCCUGCAUCUCUGCACUGCAGAAGCUCAGAGGCAAUAGUGACCUGAGUGCAGAGCUGGAAGAGAUGCUUGCUGAGAAGGCUGCUGUUAAAGGCCAGAGAGCAAAGAACCCUUGGGAGCUCUUCCAGAACCAGUCUCUGAGGCGGCAGCUACUGAGCAUCGUUGUGCUGAGCAGUGCCAUGCAGCUGUGUGGGAACGACUCGAUGUACUUCUAUGCGGCGUACGUGUUCAAGGAGGCCGGCAUUCCCCCGGACACCAUCCCAUAUGUUGUAAUCGGCACGGGGAGCUGUGAGCUCAUCACCUCUGUCACUUGUAACAUGAUUAUAGACUAUGCAGGUCGGAGGCCACUGCUCCUGGGUGGAUACCUCUUCAUGGCAGGAUGGGCCAUUGUCUUCAUGGUUGCUCUGAGCCAGCAGACUCAGAUCAGCUGGAUGCCUUAUCUCAGCAUGGCCUGCAUUUUCGCCUAUAUCCUGAGCUUUGGAAUCGGACCAGCUGGUGUGACAGGAGUUCUGCCCACAGAGGUUUUUGACCAAAUGUCCCGGCCAGCUGCUUACAUGAUCUGUGGCGCUCUGCUCUGGUUCAACCUAUUUCUGGUUGGAACAGCCUUUCCAUUCAUUGUGAAAACUCUAGCUCAUUUCUGCUACAUCCCAUUCCUUGUGGUCUGCAUCUGUACUGCACUCUAUGUUGGGUUUUUCCUUCCUGAGACAAAGGGGAAGUCCUUCCUGGAAAUCUCAGAGGAAUUCAACAAGCGGAACCUCAGCGCUCAGAGCCGUGCAGGGUUUUAUAAAGGCCCUGAAGAAAUCAAAUCCACCCCCCUGUAGGAGAACAGAAGGAUGGCAUCUGGGGGAAAAUUCAGCUGUGGCUAUCUUGUCUUGCAGGGACGCUAAGAGAGAAGUAGGGUUAGGGAGAAGAUACUGCUCUGGAGUUCACCGUGGAAAGAUAUACUUGAACUGGUAAAUGGCAGCAAAGGCCUCAUGAUCUGUUUUUAGUGCUAAAUAACACAUGAAGACCUUUAAAUUCAUAUUAGAGAGUGACAGAAGGAUGCCUAGUUCUCUUAGCCUCAAACAAUACCACACAAUGC